CAUUGAACAAGACGAGCUCGUGGCGUGCGUUUCGCAGUGAGCGGCAAAAUAUAUAUCUCAAAUAUAUGAACAUAUAUAAAAGAUAUCGGUAGUGAAACAAAAUCGCCGUGGACAAUUAUCACUUGAAGAAGAAAUAACAGUGCAAUAAAUCGUACUUUGUCCCUUAUUUUUUGUUUGUUAAUAUUUUUUUUUUUUUGCAUUAUCUGUUGCCGUUUUGAAAGAUGAAAGACGGCAACAGCAGUCAUGGUAAUCGUGAGUGAGACAAAGGAAAGUGGCAGGCAGUCGCGUUCAGUUUGAAGCCGCCACACCACAGAAAAAAAAUAUAAAUAAAUAAUCCGUACUAACUUCGGAGCAAAAGCAGCUACUGGAAAACCAAAGCAGCGACCACAAAAAUAACAACCAAAAAACCAGAGUUCUGUUCAUAUUUCUGUCAAAAUAUGGGCCAAGAGAUAUCGCAACAGCAAAAUCAGCAACACCAACAACACCAGCAGCACCAACAACAACAACUACCCCACCACAAACGACAACCACAGCGAAAAAGCUUCAGCGGCAUUAGCACCACCAAUCAGCCGAUUUACACGCCCACAAGUCACCUAUCCACCAGCUCCUCCUCCAUCAACACCAACGAUUAUAGCCACAAUAAUACCAGCAAUAAUAAUAAUAAUAAUCAGAACUACCGAUUGCGUCACAAGUACAACUUGAGCAAGCAAACCUACGAAAGGAGCAAAAUAGCAGCGAGUUCAGCGAGUACAAGUCAAUCCGAUACGGAUUCGCAUUACGCCAAACUAAACCUACAGAGGAGCAGUUCGCAGAGUUCGGAUAGCGGCAUCUAUAACUCCUCCUGUCACUGCAGUUCCAUAUCCUCGAUAUCGGCCGUCAGCAGCAGUGCGAGCAGCAGUCGCAGCAGCAGCAGCUCUAGUCGCGGUUGUCCCAGUUCUGUGGUGUCCAGCAAAUCGAACCGCUCGUUGGACAAACAGAAACACUAUCUAAGCCAUCACCUGUACAUCAAGUCCUAUCUGGACAUCUUGGAGGAGGACGAGCGGGCACGGGCACACUUCAAAUCCGCUCGUCCGGGCGGCAUUCGCAACUAUACACCCAAGAUCUUGGCCAGCGGAGAAUCGAGCUUAUCGGGCAACUCCAGCACCAACACAGCUCUAUCAUCCAGUGCUCCAGCUCAUUGCUACGGCCCGGGAAAGAGAACAACAGUCGGCGGAACAAGCGGAUCAGGUGGAGCAGCAGGAGCAACAGGAACAGGAGCACAGGGAACGGAUCCGUGGAUUUGACAAUUACUGAAACAUGGCGUUUGGAACAAUGACGUCUUUGCUUGGCAUGAUCCCGCUGCUGGCGAUCGGCAUGAAUUUCUAUCGCUAUCAAAGCGUAGAUCCCGAGAACAAGGUCCAGGAGCCAACCGUCAUACGUCGUCAGUAUGAUUUCGUGGUGAUUGGCGGCGGAUCCGCUGGAGCUGUGGUGGCGAAUCGCCUGAGUGAGGUGCGCAACUGGACCGUUCUGCUACUCGAAGCCGGCGGUGAUGAAACGGAGAUCUCGGACGUGCCAGCUCUGGCGGGCUAUCUGCAGCUUACGGAGUUGGACUGGAAGUACCAGACUACGCCUUCAUCCACCCGCCAGUAUUGUCAGGCGAUGAAGGGCGAUCGCUGCUUUUGGCCAAGAGGAAAAGUCUUGGGCGGAAGUUCUGUUUUAAAUGCUAUGGUCUAUGUUCGUGGCUCCAAGAACGACUAUAAUCAUUGGGCAUCGUUGGGUAAUCCGGGUUGGGACUACGACAGCAUGCUCAAAUACUUCCUGAAAUCGGAAGACGUACGAAAUCCCUAUUUGGCCAAGACGCCAUACCAUGAAACAGGUGGAUACCUGACGGUUCAGGAGGCUCCAUGGCGUACACCACUCUCGAUAGCCUUCCUCCAAGCGGGCAUUGAGAUGGGCUAUGAGAACCGGGACAUUAAUGGAGCCCAACAGACGGGCUUCAUGCUUACGCAAAGCACAAUUCGCCGCGGUGCUAGAUGCUCCACGGGCAAGGCCUUCAUUCGUCCAGUUCGACAGCGUAAGAAUUUCGAUGUCCUGCUCCAUGCGGAGGCCACAAGGAUCCUGUUCGAUAAGCAGAAGCGAGCCAUUGGUGUGGAAUACAUGAGGGGUGGCCGCAAGAAUGUGGUUUUCGUGAGAAGAGAAGUGAUAGCCAGUGCUGGAGCUCUGAAUACUCCCAAAUUACUGAUGCUUUCCGGAGUUGGUCCCGCUGAGCAUCUGCAGGAGCACAAUAUCCCUGUUAUUUCGGAUCUCCCAGUGGGCAACAAUAUGCAGGAUCAUGUGGGUCUGGGUGGACUCACCUUCGUGGUGGACGCUCCACUGACUGUCACCCGCAAUCGUUUCCAAACCAUUCCAGUUUCCAUGGAAUAUAUACUAAGGGAACGGGGUCCGAUGACAUUUUCGGGCGUAGAAGGUGUCGCCUUUCUAAACACCAAGUACCAAGAUCCCUCGGUAGACUGGCCCGAUGUCCAAUUUCAUUUUUGUCCCAGUUCCAUUAACUCCGAUGGUGGCGAGCAGAUAAGAAAGAUACUGAAUCUACGAGAUGGUUUCUACAACACAGUGUACAAACCACUGCAGCACAGUGAAACCUGGUCGAUUUUGCCCCUGUUGCUGAGACCCAAGAGCACGGGAUGGGUGCGCUUGAAUUCGAGGAAUCCGCAGCAUCAGCCCAAGAUCAUACCAAACUAUUUUGCCCACCAGGAGGACAUCGAUGUGCUGGUCGAGGGCAUCAAGUUGGCUAUCAAUGUCUCGAAUACCCAGGCAUUUCAGCGUUUCGGCUCCAGAUUGCAUAAUAUUCCGCUGCCAGGCUGUAGACAUUUGCCAUUCCAGUCGAAUGAAUAUUGGGCAUGUUGCAUCAAGGAGUUUACGUUCACCAUCUAUCAUCCCGCCGGCACAUGUCGCAUGGGACCCAGCUGGGAUGUUACGGCCGUGGUGGAUCCGAGAUUACGGGUCUAUGGCGUAUCCGGAGUUCGAGUGGUGGACGCCAGCAUUAUGCCAACGAUCGUGAAUGGGAAUCCCAAUGCUCCGGUCAUCGCGAUUGGCGAAAAGGCCUCCGAUUUGAUCAAAGAAGAUUGGGGCGUCAGGCGGGCGCACACUUCCGCUUAGUUAAGAAGUUGUCUAUCGCUAAUUUAUGUUUCAACUAGUCAAAUGUGGAUUAACUGAUGUAAUAUUAUCGCUAUGUGUUUUUGUUUUAUCAAAUUCCUCGUUUUGUUCACCGUUAAAUUUAUGCUUAGUUAUUUGGAUAAGUUUAGUGUACAAAGUCCCACAAAACUGUUUUUUUUUUAUUACUUUAUCAAGCAUUUUAUUAAAUAUUUAUGUACCUAUUU